AUAGGUCAGAGACCAUACAGCAGCAAGCAACAUGUUUUCCUUUUCAAUCAACGCCUAAUUGAGAUUACACACAGAUUAACGUUAAUAAUUACUUUACGCUCCAUAUACGAAAGACCGGAAAAAAGCCGCGGAGAAGAGAAGUCUAGAACCGACCAUUUCAUUCAAUUCCAAUACGAAACCGCCACCGCCACCGUUGUAAAAAUGUCGAGCUGCGAAGACCUCAUCGAGUAUACUAAUGGAGAUUCGUUCGACAAAGUCAGACAGAGGCUCAAAAAUCGAUCAAAGUGUGUUUGGUUUCUGUAGAAAAUGGCCGAAACCAAGGAGAAGACGAAGCAGAUCUUGUCGGAGCAUGCAGAUAAGAUUGCCAAACGGGCUGAAGUACAUGAAACCUUCCUCACCAAGGUGACUCAUCUGCUUGGUGUUCUUUGGUUUGGGGGAUUUUGCUUUCUUUUAGGUGCAAGGCCACAAGAUAUUCCUUACGUAUACUGUCUGUUCUACUUCACCUUUGUUCCUCUUCGAUGGAUUUACUACCGAUAUAAGAAAUGGCAUUACUAUCUUUUGGAUUUUUGCUAUUAUGCUAAUACGAUUUCCAUAAUCACGAUUCUCUUCUAUCCGAAAAAUGAAAAGCUUUUCAUGGUUUGUUUCUCAUUUGCAGAGGGUCCUCUAGCAUGGGCAUUAAUUGUUUGGCGUUGUAGCUUGGUUUUUAGUUCUGCUGACAAAAUUGUUAGUGUCUUCAUACAUCUUUUACCUGGGUUGGUUUUCUUCACAAUUCGAUGGUGGAUUCCUGAGUAUUUCGGAGCCAUGCAUCCCGAAGGAAAUGAACGUAGAGCUUCGUGGCCUUACGCAGAAAGCAAAUCAUACCUCUGGACAUGGCUGUUUUUCGUCCCCUUAAUAUCAUACACUCUCUGGCAGAUUCUCUAUUUCCUCAUCGUGGAUGUGUUACGCCGCCAAAGAUUCUUAAGAGAUCCCGAGGUCAUGACUUCUUAUAGGGAACUAUCGAAAAAAGCCCAGAAAGCAAACAACGUAUGGUGGCGUCUAAGCGGGUUGCUCGGUGACCAAAACCGCUUGUUCAUGUACAUUCUUCUGCAGGCUCUAUUCACCAUGGCAACCACAGCACUUGCAGUGCCCAUCUUUCUGUCUUACGAGCUCCACGUUGUAUUCCAAAUACUCAAGAUCUCUGCAGCAACGUGGAACGGGGGGAACUUCUUGGUGGAAGUGAUGCCAAGACAGGCGAUCCUCAAGGAGAAGAAGAAAUCGGAGAUGCAACUCACGCCAACAUCAUCGGAAUAUCAGACUGCUACCCCAGAUAGCGCGAGAAAAGUAAGCUUCGAGUCUGAGACUGUUUUUACGGAGUAGAUGGCGUGAGAUUCUUGAGGAAACAGUCACCCCCCCCCUGUUGUGAUAUCUGCAGGCUUAUAACUUACUGUAGUUUUUACACUUUCAAUUCUGCCUACAAAUGAAUGGAAUUUCUACUUUUGUUGAGUUCAAAAGAUACAA